GCGACUAGCGUACACUGCGCAUCACAAGAUCAUCGCGAGCGGUGAGAGUUGCAUCAUACACGUGAAACACAAGACUAAUUCGGGUUUCCGAUCGCACAUUAUAAUUGAACAUCGCGAACAAAUUUACGAUUAAUAAACCGUACUUUAUUUAUAAAACGAAAAUGUUGACUGCUGCGAGAUUGCUGUCACGCGGGUGUAGCGGUGUCACCCACGAAAUAGCCAAGAAGAAUCAAUUCAACGCGAUUCUGAAAAACUGUAUCGCACCAACCCUCAGCACUGGAAGAUACCACGAUGUCCAACAGUAUAGAUAUGCCUCCGAUGGAGUUAAAGGUGCAGUUAUUGGAAUCGAUCUUGGCACAACGUUUUCCUGUGUCGCCGUCAUGGAAGGAAAACAAGCGAAAGUUAUAGAGAACGCAGAAGGUUCAAGAACAACACCGUCUUACGUAGCUUUCACAAAAGAUGGUGAACGGUUGGUUGGUAUGCCUGCCAAACGCCAAGCAGUUACAAAUUCCGCUAACACUUUUUAUGCGACGAAGCGUUUGAUAGGACGAAAGUUUGAAGAUAGUGAAGUAAAGAAGGACAUGAAAACAGUUUCAUACAAAAUCGUUCGAGCUUCGAAUGGCGACGCUUGGGUGCAAGGGGGUGAUGGCAAAAUGUAUUCUCCGAGUCAAAUAGGAGCUUUCGUUCUCAUGAAAAUGAAAGAAACCGCAGAAGCUUAUUUGAACACACCAGUGAAAAACGCGGUUGUUACGGUACCAGCGUAUUUCAAUGAUUCGCAAAGACAAGCGACAAAAGAUGCUGGUCAAAUAGCGGGUCUGAACGUACUUAGAGUAAUCAACGAACCGACCGCCGCCGCUUUGGCUUACGGAAUGGAUAAAUCCGAGGAUAAAAUUAUUGCUGUAUACGAUCUUGGUGGCGGAACCUUCGAUAUUUCGAUCCUCGAAAUACAAAAAGGAGUAUUCGAGGUGAAAUCGACGAACGGAGACACAUUUUUGGGCGGUGAAGAUUUCGACAACGCGCUAGUGAAUUACUUGGCGAAUGAAUUCAAGAAAGAUCAGGGUAUUGAUGUUGCAAAAGACGCAAUGGCGAUGCAACGUCUUAAGGAAGCAGCCGAAAAAGCGAAAAUUGAAUUGUCGAGCUCUUCGCAAACCGACAUCAAUCUGCCAUAUUUAACGAUGGACGCGAGCGGUCCAAAACAUUUGAAUCUCAAACUUUCGCGAAGUAAAUUCGAGAACCUUGUCGGUGAUUUGAUCAAACGUACAAUCCAACCUUGCCAAAAAGCUCUCACGGAUGCUGAAGUCUCCAAGUCGGAUAUUGGUGAAGUUCUCUUGGUUGGAGGUAUGACUCGUGUACCAAAGGUCCAAGCUACCGUACAAGAAAUCUUCGGACGAACGCCUUCGAGAGCUGUUAAUCCAGACGAAGCUGUCGCCGUUGGUGCCGCUGUUCAGGGUGGAGUUCUUGCCGGUGACGUCACAGAUGUGCUUCUGCUUGACGUGACACCUCUUUCUCUUGGAAUUGAAACUCUUGGUGGUGUAUUCACGAGACUUAUUUCCCGCAACACUACCAUUCCCACGAAGAAAAGUCAAGUAUUCUCAACGGCGGCUGAUGGUCAAACUCAGGUUGAAAUAAAAGUACAUCAGGGCGAGCGUGAAAUGGCCAAUGACAACAAACUAUUGGGACAAUUUACCUUGGUUGGUAUUCCACCUGCACCACGCGGGGUACCACAAAUUGAAGUCACCUUCGACAUUGAUGCUAAUGGUAUCGUUCAUGUAUCCGCGAGAGACAAGGGAACUGGAAAAGAACAACAAAUUGUAAUUCAAUCCAGCGGUGGUCUUAGCAAGGACGAGAUUGAAAAUAUGGUGAAAAAUGCCGAACAGUACGCGAAAGAAGACAGAAUCAAAAAGGAACGAGUUGAGGCGGUGAACCAGGCUGAGGGAAUUGUUCACGAUACUGAGGCCAAGAUCGAAGAGUUCAAAGCACAGUUGCCACAGGACGAGUGCGAUAAAUUGAGAGAGCUGGUCGCAAAGAUGAACGAGACUUUGGCAAAGAAAGACGAGACAGAUCCAGAAGAAAUAAAGAAACAGACGAACGAGCUCCAACAGGCGAGUUUGAAACUUUUCGAGAUGGCCUACAAGAAGAUGGCUGCCGAACGUGAAAGCGGUAGCAAUCAGGGUGGUCAACAAGAGCAGCAACAAUCCGAGGGUGAAAAGAAGGAGGAGAAGAACUGAACGAGUUCAAUAAAAAAGAAACGCCGUUUUUAAAUGAAUAAACUAAAAAGAACAGCACAUCCAGAACCUACGGGCAAAGCCCUAUUGAUCAUUAUUAGUAAUUACGAUCAUGAUUUAUGUAGGAAAAUAUUUAUGCAGGUGACUAUAUGUUACAUCGGAAUUUGGUUUAGUUCCAAAAAAUGUGACUAAUCAUUACCAAAGUUUCACCAAGUGUCGUAAUUAAUUGCGUUUUGAUACUUAUCGAGUCUUAACUCCCUCAAGUUUAUCGACUCCAUCGUUGUUGGCUAGUUUUCAUGUUAACUUGAUACCACAAAAAGCCACCAACAAUGAAGUGGAUAAACUUUUACUAUUUUCCGGUGAUCACAGUAAACUUGGAAGAAUGCUUGGUGAACGAAACCUCAUUUUUUGCAGUUUCAUGCCCCCAUCUGAAGUUCAAGCCAGUUCGAAACAAACACUUUUUUUUACACCGAUCAUACUCAGACGAUGAGUGGCAAAGAUAGCACUCUUUCACCAGACGUAGAACAAAUUCGAAUUCCGAAUGUAUUUGCUUAUACGCACUAUUUGUAACAGAUCUCUGACUCUCCUUACAAAGAGACAAAAAAACAAAUAUUAAUCUCCGUAUAUCCAGACGAAUUGAGUUGGUUCGUAGAGAAAUGAUCCUGUAAAUUGUGUACAUAUAAUUAAUCACGUGAAUAAGUGCGCCUCCGUUUCAUGGCAUUGAAGCUUGAAUUAUGAAAAUGCAACGAAAACAACUUUCGCAGCUCUGCAUCCAGAGAGUUUUCAGACAUGAAAAGUGAAUCAACAAUAAAAAAGCAACCUUGAAAAAAAUGUUCAAUUAACAAAAAAACCAUUCCGUUGCAAUUUGAAGAUGCAAACUUCAAUAUCGUGCCGUUUACGCUGUUCAUCAUCAAUUAGGAAAACAGAAAAGUAGCCUCGGAGGGGCUUGUCGUAACGUUGCGAAAGCGGAUCAAACGUUCUGUCGUUUUUCUUUCACGCACGAGCUCCACGAACGUUUGUGAAGAUGAAUCGAGUCACGUUAUUGGGAAAAAAAAAAAUAGGUCAAAUAUUACAAUUGUUGGUGUUCCGCCAAUCGCUGUAUCGACAUCAUGAAAAAAAAACCAUGUUGUUCGAGUGAGAAAAACGCUAUAGUUUGUCCCAUUCUCCUGCGUUACCGAGCCACAAAUAAACAAUGGCUUAUCCAGAAUGAAUGAUAAAUUAAGACGUACAAGAGUAGAGAGAUUGACACUAAAUGGAUGCGUGGUUAUAGGACACGUUACUUAGGUUAAGUGAAUGAAAAAUAUUAAGAUUAUUCCGUUUGAUAAAAAGGACAAAACUGUUAUCACAUACGCAUACUUCGAACUUUUUUAUUUGCAUUGUACGCAGGUAUAAUUCAUGAAAUGUUUUAGUUAUCUUGUUCAAUAAAUAAUGACUACUUUUA